GCGCUACCGCGGCGACUGCGCUCCCGGCGCACCUGGCGCUCGGUCUCGCCUGCAGCCGCUGUCUGUUCUGCAAACUUGGCCAGAUUCCAGAAAGAAAUUGAAGUUUUAAGGCGAGAAGUGAAAUAUUUUUACUUCCUUCCCAGAAUGAUGCCAGACACUUUAAAAGAGUCUGCACUGGGAGGCGGGGACCCUGAGGGUCCUGAAUCCUGAUUGCCCUUGUACCAGGAAGACACCUGCAGCUAACGAUGAAUGUGGGAAAAGUAGCUAUUUGCUACUUUAACUAUGGAAACACAGGAGCACCGUGAGAGCAUCCCAGCUGGUUCUGACUCCUACAUCAACUUGUUGAAGAUCAACCGGGAACUUCUGGUCACUCACAUCCGUAACACUCAGUGUGUGGUGGACAACUUGCUGGAGAAUGACUACUUCUCAGCUGAGGAUGCAGAGAUCGUGGGUGCCUGCCCCACCCAACCUGACAAGGUCCGAAAACUUCUGGACCUGGUCCAGAGCAAGGGUGAGGAGGUUUCUGAGUUCUUCCUCUACGUGCUCCAGCAACUUGCAGAUGCUUAUGUGGACCUCAGGCCGUGGCUAUUGGAGAUCUGCUACUCUCCUUCCCAGCUCAUUCAGAGCAAAACUAUUGUCAACACCGACCCAGUGAGCAGGUACACCCAGAAGCUGCGGCACCAAUUGGGUUGUGACUCCAAAUUCAUGCUGUGUUAUGCCCAAAAGGAGGACCUGCUGCUGGAGGAGAUCUACAUGGAUACCGUCAUGGAGCUGGUGAGCUUCAGCAACGAGAACCUGGGCAGCCUGGGCAGCCUGUCCUGCCUCCUGGACCACAGCUCAGGCGUCCUCAACGAGCAGGGCGAGACCAUCUUCGUGUUCGGGGACGCGGGUGUGGGCAAAUCCAUGCUGCUGCAGCGGCUGCAGAGCCUCUGGGCCUCAGGCCGGCUGGACAUAGGGGUCAAGUUCUUCUUCCACUUCCGCUGCCGCAUGUUCAGUUGCUUCAAGGAGAGUGACACGCUGUGCCUGCAGGACCUGCUUUUCAAGCAUUACUGCUACCCGGAGCAGGACCCCGAUGAGGUGUUUGCUUUCCUGUUGCGCUUUCCCCACGUGGCCUUCUUCACCUUCGAUGGCUUGGACGAGCUGCACUCGGACUUCGACUUGAGCCGAGUGCCUGACAGCUGCUGCCCCUGGGAGCCCGCCCACCCGCUGGUCCUGCUGGCCAACCUGCUCAGCGGAAGGCUGCUCAAGGGCGCCAGCAAGCUGCUCACGGCCCGCACGGGUGUCGAGGUGCCCCGCCAGCUCCUGCGGAAGAAGGUGCUUCUCCGGGGCUUUUCCCCCAGCCACCUGCAGACUUAUGCCCGGAAGAUGUUCCCUGAGCGCCCUGCGCAGGACCGCCUGCUGCAGCAGCUGGAGGCCAACCCCAACCUCUGCAGCCUGUGCACCGUGCCUCUCUUCUGCUGGAUCAUCUUCCGGUGCUUCCAGCACUUCUACACCACCCUCGAAGGCUCCCCGCAACUUUCGGACUGCACGGUGACCCUGACCGACGUCUUCCUGCUGGUCACCGAGGUCCAUCUGAACAGGACGCAGCCCAGCAGCUUGGUGCAGCGCAACACGCGCAGCCCGGCCGAGACCUUCAGCGCGGGCUGGCGCACACUGCGCUCGCUGGGGCAGGUGGCUCACAGCGGCAUGGAGAGGAGCCUCUUCGUGUUCACCCAGGAGGAGGUGCAGGCCUCCGAGCUGCAGGAGGGGGACCUGCAGCUGGGCUUCCUGAGGGCCGUGCCAGAAAUGACCCCUGAAGGGGGACAGCAGUCUUAUGAGUUUUUCCACAUCACCCUCCAGGCCUUCUUUACCGCCUUUUUUCUCGUGGUGGACAACAAGGUGGGGCACCGGGAGCUGCUCAGGUUCUUUCAAGAGUGGGCGCCUCCUGGAGAGGCAGCGGUAGAGUCCUGCUAUCCUCCCUUCCUUCCUUUCCAGUGCUUCGGGGGCGGCAGGCUGGCACGUUCUGAUCCCUUCAAAAACAAGGAUCAUUUUCAGUUCACCAACCUCUUCCUGUGCGGGCUGUUGUCCAAAGCCAGACAGAAACUCCUGCAGCACCUGGUGCCUGCUGCCACCCUGCGGAGGAAGCGCAAGGCCUUGUGGGGGCACCUGUUUGCCAGCCUGCGCGCCUACCUGAAGAGCCUGCCCCGGUGUCAUUCCGGGGGUUUCAGCCAAGUGCAGGCCAUGCCCACCUUCCUCUGGAUGCUGCGCUGUAUCUAUGAGACGCAGAGCCAGAAGGUGGGGCAGCUGGCGGCCAAGGGCAUCUGCGCCAACUACCUCAAGCUGACCUUCUGCAAUGCCUGCUCCGCUGACUGCAGUGCCCUUUCCUUCGUCCUGCACCACUCCCGCAAGCGGCUUGCCCUUGAUCUGGACAACAACAAUCUCAACGACUAUGGUGUGCGGGAGCUGCAGCCUUGCUUCAGCCGCCUCACCGUUAUCAGACUCAGUGUCAACCAGAUCACGGAUAGUGGUGUGAAGGUGCUGUGUGAAGAGCUGACCAAGUACAAAAUUCUGGAGUAUUUGGGUUUAUACAACAACCAGAUCACAGAUGUGGGAGCCAGGUACGUCGCCCAAAUCUUGGAUGAAUGCAAGGCCCUCACCCACCUGAAACUGGGGAAAAACAAGAUAUCUAGCGAAGGAGCGAAGUGGCUGGCCCUGGCUGUGAAGAACAGUACAUCCAUCUCUGAGAUUGGGAUGUGGGGCAAUCAAAUAGGGGAUGAAGGAGCCAAAGCUUUCGCAGAGGCUCUGAAGAACCACCCCAGCCUGAGCAAUCUAAGUCUUGCAGCCAACUGUAUCUCCACGGAAGGAGGAAAGAGCCUUGCCAGGGCCCUGCAGCAGAAUACGACACUGAAGAUAUUCUGGCUGACCCAAAAUGAACUCAAUGAUGAAGUGGCCGAGAGCUUUGCAGAAAUGCUGAAAGUCAACCAGACAUUGAAGCAUUUAUGGCUCAUCCAGAAUCAGAUCACAGCCACGGGGACCGCCCAGCUGGCAGAGGCCUUACAGAACAACACUGGCAUAACGGAGAUUUGUCUAAAUGGGAACUUGAUAGAGCCAGAGGAGGCCAAAGUCUUUGAAGAUGAGAAGCGGAUCAUUUGUUUCUGAGAGGACUUUCCUAUGCUUGGGUCUUCGCCCUGGAAGGCCCCGUAGCAGCUGCUGCCACCCUGUGCAGUCAGGGCAAGCAGGCUGCAACCCAGGGCAUGCGGCCAGGGGCCUGUUGGAGCACACUCCUAAUGAUGCAGGCCCACCUCCGUGGUGAUGUCCACCCUAAGCUGUUAGGGUGUUGCAGAAACAGUGUGCACCCUGUGAGCUGCGGUAGUCACUGCAAAACAGUAUCAGGUUUUCUAUACUAUGAAGACUUCGUUGUGUAUCUGUAAUUAUUUUAUCCAAAGCUGGAGGAAUAAGACUGAAGAGAAAAGGCCAGCCUCAGCUGGCACAGAUGCCUGCCCUAAGAACCAGAGCCAGUGUGUUGACCGCUGCUGUCUUCAGGGGAGAGUGGAGGACCUGGUGCAGAGUCAGUGCCAAGCUUCUCGGAAAGAAGGUUCUCAACGCACAGGAAAUAUCCACCCUCCUUAGUACUUCCCCACGUACUGAUGUCCCCUUCAUGGCUGUGGAUACUGAAGGGUGUAGGAUGUGGGGAUGUGGCUCAUCCAAGGUCCUGUGGGGAGCUGGUGUCAGGAGCUCAUCACAGGCUUCUCAGUCCUGAGUCUGUGUGCUGACAAGAUAAGAGGAUGCUCUCUAGGCCAGUCUAAGAGGAAGACAGUGACAAUGCCUUCAUCACAUAGAGCUUCGAGUCUGGACUCUACCUGUCCCAACUGCACUCCACAGCUAAUGUGCCUGCCCAGGAAGAAGCAUGGACUCCUGUUCUCCAGAGGGAUAGGCAUGACUUGUCUUGGUGGCCCUGGCACUCACACCACACAGAAGCUUUUCUCUACAUUGCCCUCUUAGGAAGGGAAGUCUCAGCCAGGCGUGAUGGCACACUCCUGUAAUACCAGUGUUUGGGGAGGCUGAGGUAGGAGGAUUGCAGGUUCAAAGCCAGCCUCAGCA